AUGGAGCUGGCGGACGGCGUGGUGUAUCAGGAGGACCCGGGCGGCCCCGGCCCCGCCAUGAUGUCGGAGCGGGUGUCGGGGCUGGCAGGCUCCAUCUACCGCGAGUUCGAGCGGCUCAUCGGGCGGUACGACGAGGAGGUGGUGGCCGAGCUGAUGCCGCUGGUGGUGGCCGUCCUGGAGAACCUGGACUCGGUGUGCGCACACAGCCAGGAGACCAGCGUGGAGCUGGAGCUGCUGCGGGACGACAACGAGCAGCUGCUCACGCAGUACGAGCGGGAGAAGGCACUGCGCAAGCAGGCCGAGGAGAAAUUCAUCGAGUUUGAAGAUUCCCAAGAACAAGAGAAGAAGGACUUGCAGACCAGAGUGGAAGCUUUAGAGUCCCAGACUCGGCAGCUUGAACUGAAAGCCAAGAACUACGCUGACCAAAUUAGCAGACUUGAGGAGAGGGAAGCAGAGCUGAAGAAAGAAUACAAUGCACUUCAUUCAAGACAUACAGAGAUGAUUCACAAUUACAUGGAGCACUUGGAAAGAACCAAACUUCAUCAGCUGUCGGGGGGUGAUCAGCUAGAAUCCACCACGCACAGCAGGAUUAGAAAGGAGCGCCCCAUAUCUCUGGGCAUCUUCCCCUUGCCUCCAGGAGAUGUCCUGCUGACCCCUGAGGCCCAGCGUGAGGCGGGGGAAACGCCCGGGUCGGAGCACUGGAAGUUCCAGGAGCUGAGCCAGCCACGCUCCCACACCAGCCUGAAGGAUGAGCUCUCUGACGUUAGCCAAGCAGGCUCAAAGUCUACCACUCCAGCAUCCGCAGCCCCUGCAGACGUCCCUGUGCUGCCUGCCGAGACACCUCCCAGGGAGGAUGUUGAAGGGCCUGCAAAGAACACAGAAGUGCUGAGCGAGAGGCUGGACGAAGGCAAGAACAUUGAGGUGCAGGUAGCUCAAGAGACAAGGAAUGUAUCCACGGGUGGAAAUGAAAACGAAGAAAAAUCUGAAGUUCAGGCAAUCAUUGAGUCAACUCCAGAGCUGGAUAUGGAUAAAGACCUCAGUGGGUAUAAGGGCUCCAGCACUCCUACCAAAGGCAUAGAGAACAAAGCCUUUGACCGUAACACAGAGUCACUCUUUGAGGAGCUGUCAUCUGCUGGUUCUGGCCUAAUUGGAGAUGUGGAUGAAGGUGCAGAUUUACUGGGAAUGGGGCGUGAGGUUGAAAACCUGAUCUUGGAGAACACUCAGCUGCUGGAGACAAAAAAUGCCUUGAAUGUUGUGAAGAAUGAUCUGAUAGCAAGGGUGGAUGAGCUGACCUGUGAGAAGGACGUGCUGCAGGGUGAGCUGGAGGCUGUGAAACAAGCAAAGCAGAAGCUUGAAGAGAAGAACAAAGAGCUGGAAGAAGAGCUGAGGAAGGCUCGUGCAGAAGCAGAGGAAGCAAGGCAGAAGGCCAAGGAGGAUGAUGAUAGCGAUGUGCCCACGGCCCAGCGGAAGCGCUUCACCCGUGUGGAGAUGGCCAGGGUCCUGAUGGAGAGGAACCAGUACAAGGAGAGGCUGAUGGAGCUCCAGGAGGCUGUCAGAUGGACAGAGAUGAUAAGAGCAUCCAGAGAAAACCCAGCCAUGCAGGAAAAGAAGAGGUCAAGCAUCUGGCAGUUUUUUAGCAGACUCUUCAGUUCCUCAAGCAAUACAGCUAAGAAACCAGAACCUCCUGUCAACGUGAAAUAUAAUGCUCCAACCUCCCACAUUACUCCAUCAGUCAAGAAAAGAAGCAGCACCUUAUCUCAGCUCCCAAGUGACAAAUCUAAAGCCUUUGAAUUCCUCAGUGAAGAGACAGAAGCCAGCCUGGCGUCGCGCCGGGAGCAGAAGCGGGAGCAGUACCGCCAGGUGAAGGCUCAUGUGCAGAAGGAGGAUGGCAGGGUGCAGGCGUUUGGCUGGAGUCUACCUCAGAAGUACAAACAGGUGGCAAAUGGUGGCCAGGGUGAGAAUAAGAUGAAGAACUUGCCUGUACCUGUUUACCUGAGACCUUUAGAUGAGAAGGAUACCUCUAUGAAGCUGUGGUGUGCUGUAGGGGUGAACCUCUCAGGAGGGAAGACACGAGAUGGUGGCUCUGUGGUUGGUGCCAGUGUGUUCUACAAUGAUGUGACUGGAGCCGACGGGGAGGGGAGCAAGCAGCAGACAGGAUCGCAGAGCAGCUUAGACAGACUGGACCAGGAGCUCAAGGACCAGCAGAAGGAGAUGAAAAAUCAGGAGGAGUUAUCCAGCCUGGUUUGGAUCUGUACUAGCACACAUUCUGCCACAAAAGUGAUCAUCAUAGAUGCCAACCAACCAGGGAACAUCCUGGACAGUUUCAUUGUCUGCAACUCUCACGUGCUUUGCAUUGCCAGUGUCCCAGGGGCUAGGGAAACAGACUAUCCUGCAGGAGAAGAAGGGUCUCAAGAAGCAGACUCCGGUCAAGUGGACAAGUCCUCUCUGUGUGGGAGCAUGACCAGCAACAGCUCUGCAGACACAGACAGCUUGCUGGGAGGGAUCACAGUGGUUGGCUGCACUGCAGAGGGUGUCGCAGGAGCACCUGUAGCUCAUGAUGCCAAUGGGGGCUCACCAGUGACAGACAAACAGCCAGAAACUGCAACUGAAAAUAAUGUAGUAGAGGAGAACAUUCCAACAGCAGAGGAGGCAACAGAAGCAACAGAGGUCAGUGCAGGAACAGGAGAAGAUGCAGCUGAUAUUGCACAAAGUGGAGUCUACACAGAGCAUGUCUUCACAGACCCUCUGGGAGUGCAGAACACAGCUGAGGCCUCUCCAGUCUACCAGCCUAGUACUGAGUCAGAGCUGUACAAAGAUGUUGCAGUCUUGCCAAACGAGCAGGAUCUGGUGAGAGAAGAAGCGCAGAAGAUGAGCAGCCUUCUGCCCACCAUGUGGCUUGGGGCACAGAACGGAUGCCUGUAUGUUCAUUCAUCAGUGGCCCAGUGGAGGAAAUGUGUUCAUGCCAUUAAACUUAAAGAUUCUAUUCUCAGUAUUGUACAUGUCAAAGGAAUAGUUUUAGUUGCACUAGCUGAUGGAACUCUAGCAAUAUUCCACCGUGGAGUCGAUGGUCAGUGGGAUCUGAGCAACUACCACCUGCUGGACCUGGGUCGGCCGCAUCACUCCAUACGCUGCAUGACCGUGGUGCACGACAAGGUCUGGUGUGGCUACAGGAACAAAAUCUAUGUCGUUCAGCCAAAGGCCAUGAAGAUAGAGAAGUCCUUCGAUGCACACCCAAGGAGAGAGAGCCAAGUGAGGCAGCUGGCCUGGGUGGGGGAUGGGGUGUGGGUGUCCAUUCGCCUGGACUCCACCCUGCGCCUCUACCACGCACACACCUACCAGCACCUGCAGGAUGUGGACAUUGAGCCUUAUGUCAGCAAAAUGCUAGGUACUGGUAAACUGGGAUUCUCUUUUGUGAGAAUCACAGCUCUUAUGGUGUCUUGUAAUCGUUUAUGGGUAGGAACAGGAAAUGGUGUCAUCAUCUCCAUUCCAUUAACAGAAACCAACAAGGUGGCGGCUGGCGGCCGGCCGGGCAGCGUCAUCCGCGUCUACGGCGAUGAGAACAGUGACAAGGUCACCCCUGGCACCUUCAUCCCCUACUGCUCCAUGGCACAUGCCCAGCUCUGCUUCCAUGGGCACCGUGACGCUGUCAAGUUCUUCGUGGCAGUGCCUGGUCAAGUUGUUUGCCCACAAAGUAGUGGUGGAACAGAGCUGACAGCUGAUAAACCAGCCCAAGAGUCCUUCAACCAGAGUCCCUUAAAAUCAAUGUUGGUGAUCAGUGGUGGAGAAGGGUACAUCGACUUCAGAAUGGGUGAUGAAGGUGGAGAAUCUGAACUCCUUGGAGAAGCUCUACAACUUGAACCUUCUGUAGCCAAAGCUGAGAGAAGUCACUUGAUAGUGUGGCAAGUCCUGUGUGGCAGUGAGUGAGCCUGUAGGAUGCAGCUGGAGAGCUUACAAAAGACAAAAAAGCUUCUGCAUGUUUUUUAAUUUGUGAACCCUGUUUCACUCCAUAAUGUUGGAGCCUUUCUUUGCUGUUUAACUCUCUAUUGCAAACCUGUCAUACCUUUAACUGCAGGAAUUAGCUUUGUGCUGUUUUACUGCACCUGUGUUCCAUGGACGGUGUCAGGAGGCCAGACCUGGCCCACACCUUGGUGAGCAGCUGAGACCUGUGUUGUGCUGUGCCAUGGCAGCCAGUGGAGUGCACUUGAGUCCAGCUUUGUUGCAGCUGCAUUCCACUGGUCAAUGCUUAGAGUAAAACAGCAAAGUUGUUCCCAGAGCAGUAGGAAAUGGGCACAUUCUGAGAUGGAUUGUUAAGGCUCAUCCAAACACUGGGUGAGGGCUGAAGUAAGCUGUGAGCUGCAGCUUGCCCACUGUCUGCAGGCUCAUUGGUUACAUCAGCAGCAGCUGGGGGACAGAGGGAGUUGUACAGGACUGGCAAUGUUUAAAUAAAACCAGAGAUUUUCACUAUGGACCUUUGCAGCCCAGAACUGCUGCCCUCAGCACUGAGCAGUGGGUUUCCAUGUGCCUGACAUGGAGCAACAUGGUUCCCAAGGGUUAUUCUUGGAUGGUUUAAAUGGAAGCCAACUGUUAAAUUCUUGACUAGGGGAUGCCUUUUGUUCUGUUCUUGUCUGAGCUCCCUUUGUCCUGAGCACCAGAAUUAUCUUCUCUGCCUAGCUGGUCAAACUCAUGAGGCACUGCAUGUGUGAAGGUUGGAGACCUUGAUUAGAGCAUGAGAAAAGACCAAGAGUGUACAGGAGAAACACAUUCUGCCCAAGUGAGGUUGUAAAGGAGCUUGAGUGCCAGGGAAUUAGGUACCAAAUGUAUUUUUUUGUAGCCCCAUACCCCAGUUGAGUGUAAAAGGGAGGAAAAAAAAAGGAAAAAAGAAACAAAUGUCCAGGAGUGUGAGCAGGUAGCAGAGUCCCUUGGUGCAGCUGGGGAGGCUCUGCUGUCAGGCUGCCCAUCCCUACUCACCAGCUAUUUUUGUACCCACGAGUGUGAGCUGGAGGCUGUCUUCCUUUUGGGUUUACAUCAGCAUCACACAGCACUAAGCACUUCUUGCUUUCUGUGCUUCAGGAGGUUUUAAACCCUGGAUCUGCUCACUCAUUUCUCUCUGGAAGGUGGAAGCUUUGGGGUGCUGUAAGGAACAUCUGGCACUUACCCCCAAAGGGUGGGACUGCUCUGCUCAGAGCAGAGAGGGGCAGGAGGAAGGGAGCAGUUAGAGAGCAGUGAGGAGAGAGAGACUUUUAAACCUGCCUAACCAUUUUUAUGCAAUAGGAGCAGUUCUGGUCUAUCAGGCAAACAGUUCUAUAUUUUCUUAAUUUUUUUAACUGAACACAUUGAGCUGAGGUCUGUUGUGUAAAUACCUCUUUAGGCAGCUUUCUCAGAUGCAUAUCAUAGCUGAUAAACCAGAAGAGCUCCAGUCAGGUCUAUUGGUUAGAUUUCUAUGUAUAAAGACUUUUUAAGCGAUGUAUUUUGUACACAGCUGUUCCUCUCGUAAAUAUGUAUCUAGGACAUGAACUUCUGUAGUAAAAAUCCUUAUUAAAGAUGUCUGACACCUUGGGAGGAUUCUUCUCUUCAGAUGCCAGGAGCGAUGGGCGCAUGGGCCUCAGCAUUUGCUUUCCAAAUCCAUCUGUAGUGGCACUCCCAAAGUGUUUUGGCUUAGCUGGAAGGUCUGGGAGCUUUGGAAGGAGCUGGGUGAGCACUGCUGGAGAGCCUUGCUGAGGGCUGAGCCAGGCCUGAGGCACAUCUGGGCUAGCAACCUGCUUGGCCCUCUCAGAACGGUGCUGUCUAACCUGCUGCUGCUGUGAGGAACCUUCACUGUGAGUGGGGCAGUUUCAUUGCUUCUCCUGCUGUUUUCUGUUGGCUUUCGUUUUGGAAAGGCAGUCUGCAAAGCUUUUCCCCCCUGGCUGGCUGUCCACUCUCAUGCUCUCAGGAGAGAAGCGCACAAUCCCCUUCCUGUCCUAGCCCUGGCUGGGCUCUGCUCUCCCAGUGAGUGGCUGCUGGCAGACCCAGUGGCCCCAGCUGGCACCUGUGUACCUGCUCUUUGCCAAAUGGAUCUGGCCCACUGUGCCAUCUUAGUGCCCUCAGCAGGGCAGCUCCUGCAGAGGCUUCGGAGAGUGUUUCAGUCCCAGAGUGGAAGGGUUUGCAGAUGCCAGCAGUCAGCUAUGCACCGCAGGUGUGGAUCAGAGGCACUUCCCCCUGCUCCUCAGUGAAAAGCUUCCUCCCUGUCCUAGGGUACAGCACAGUAAAUGUGUCCCUUCUGUCAUCUCAGUGCUCUGGGACUCACCAGCUCUGCUUAGGCUGCCUUUGGGUGCUGAAUGAGGCUCCUGCCCCCAUCACUGAGAUGCCAGCACUCCUGCAGCCCCCUCUGAGGAAUGCUUACACAACCACUCAUGUGAUUAAAGCAUCUGCACAGGAGCUGCUCUCUUGACAGCCACAGCUUGUCCAGGGUUUGGGAACGUUCUGAGCACAAACUGUAGCACCUCUUGUGCCCGGGUAAGGAUCUUUGCAUGGUCCAGGUGACACUUGUGAGCUGCUGCAUCUCCAUCUCUUGUCCAGGUCCUGCUGUGCUGGCAGAGCGCAGACAUUUCCAUCACAGCUGCCUUGGCCAUGGGCAGCUGUGAGCCUGAGCUGCUCUGAGGGAGGUGUGCCUGGGGGUGCUGCCUGGCUCAGUGUUUAUCCAGCUGAGUAUUACCCAAGGUACCAAAGGAGUCAGCCUGACUGAGCACUCUUGAGUGGCCCUGUGGAGGCAGGGUCUGUGGAGGCCCUACCCUGCCAGACACCACAGGGUGAGCUACAGGCGGUUCUGGGGGCAGAGGGAAGGUUCCUUGAGCAGGGUUCAGCCACAGCCCAUCCUGCACCCCAGAGCAGCACUUCUCUGUACACUAAAUGUCUGUUCUGCCCUCUAACAAGGUUAAGUUUCCUUUCUUGAUUUCGUUGCUGCACAUUUCUGAACCUUUUAAGCAUAUUUUAAACAUUUUUAUGUCUGUAUCUGGACAGGUUUGUCUGUUGGACACUUUACGCUGCGUUUUACUUGCCUCUCUAAUCCCAGAUGGGUCCCACAGCCUCGGACUUGCUGUCACAACUUGAGGCUUCUUUUCUGUGAGCAGAAAGCUCGGAUAGCAGUGUAGUUAUCUCAGUAUUUAUUUCUAUUAUUGAAUCCAUGGGGUUCAGAAUGUAACUUUGUACAUGAAAUCUAUAUAAAUAUGU